AUGAUACAAAACCAAGUAGAGUGCUAUGAAAUAGAUGGAAACACAAUAUAUAAAAAAGUAGACCUUCCAAAGGUAUUCUCCAUUCCAGUGAGAAGCGACUUAGUAUGCACAGUGCACGACAUGGUUAAGAGAAACACCAGGCAGCCAUACGCAGUUGACCCAAUGGCCGGUAUGAGACACUCAGCACAUUCCUGGGGAACAGGAAGAGCACUAGCAAGAGUACCCCGUGUGUCAGGAGGAGGUACCCAGAGAGCAGGACAGGGAGCCUUUGCUAACUUCUGUAGAAAAGGUAGAAUGGCAAGUCCAACUACCGUCCUAAGAAGAUGGUUCAGAAAGACAACCAAGAAUACUAGAAGACAUGCAGCAGCAAUGGCCGUAGCAGCCACUGCAUCCCCUGCCUUAGUUGAGAGCAGAGGACAUAUUAUUGCCAACCAGAAGAGUAUCCCAAUAGUAGUCUCAAAUGAGAUUGAGUCUCUUAAGAGAACUAAACAGGCACUUGAACUCAUCAACAACUUCUCACUUGCUGAGGAGGUUGAAAGAGUUAAGAACAGUAAGGCAAUCAGAGCUGGUAAGGGUAAGGCACGUAACAGAAGAUGGGUCAUGAGAAGAGGAGUCCUUGUAAUCUACAAGGAGGACAAGGGAAUCACCAGGGCAUUCAGAAAUAUCCCAGGAAUUGACCUUAUGCCAGUAGACCAGCUUGACCUUUUGAAGCUAGCACCAGGAGGCCACCUUGGUAGACUUGUAGUCUGGACUGAGGGAGCAUUUGAGAGACUCAGAGAACUCUUUGGGGACGACGGUUUGGCUGCAGUUAAGACAGGAUACAGACUACCAGAGUCUAAGAUUAGCUGCGCAGAUGUGAAAGUUCUGCUGAAGUCAGAGGAAAUUGUGGCACUGUUUGACAAGAAGCCUUGCUUGACUAUUAGAAAGAGAAAGGCAGACCCACAGGCAGUAGCAGCAAUUAACCCGUACUUUGAGCUUUUCAACACGGUUUAA